CUUAAGGAAGGACUAGAGGACUAGACGGGAAGGACCGGACGCGAAGCGUGCAGCCAACAUCUCCGUUUGUUGUGGUGUGCCUCUGGCCUCGAGUCACUUCAAGAAUAGCCAAGAGAAGAUCGAGCGACGUGUGGAUUUUGGGUGUGCUUUUAUUCAGCGCACCCAUCCGGAUAUUUCUUUCAAUCAAAAAUCCCGCCCAUCUACCGAUAAACCGUCUGCCAACAUUUCAGGCGCACAGUCAGGCGGGGGACUAUUGGGCGUGUCAUCGUCAUGACGUUGGGUCAUUUGUCGAGCGCCGAGAAGGCAUUGGCAAUGCUGCGCCACUUGCCUCGGGUGUCGGUUAAUAAUUUGGCCAAAUUGCCCACGGACUCGCUUCCCAAAAAAACGCCCUUACGUGGUGCCAAAAAUCGUAAUAAGCGCGACAUGUUCAAGAUCUGGUCGCCCUUGGGUUGGGAAGGCGGCUCCUCGCCCAUUUUUAAAACUACCCCCGUGGAAGUCUCCUACAACUAUGGCUAUCACGCUCAACGGCAGUACCCUCCCAUGUCACUUAAGACCUUGCAAUUGCUGAUUGAUACGGGUCGCCUCGACACUCAUCAUCCCAUAGACUUAGCCACCCUCUGUCAGACCAAAGUCUAUCGCCUAGAUCCGAAUCUCCGACAGUUUGGUGUUCAUCUGACUGCUGAGGGCAUGGACGGUUUUAAGGCCAAAGUACACUUAGAAGUCCAAUGGGCUAGCCAAGAGGCCAUUGCGGCCGUCGAACGUAACGGUGGCUCAUUGGUUACGGCUUACUUCGACAUUUUUUCGGUUAAAGCCUUAGCUGAUCCCAUCGCCUUUUUCAAAACUGGACAACCGAUUCCUCGUCGAUUGACACCUCCAGCCGAUGCCGUCGGUUACUAUAUGAAUCCCGCCAAUCGGGGCUAUUUGGCCGAUCCUACCAAAGUGGCCGAAGAAAGGGUCUUACUAGCCCAGAAAUUUGGCUACUCUGUCCCCCCUCUGGACGACCCAGUGAGUCAAGAAGCCCAAGAACUUAUUAAAGAUCCACGCCAAGUGUUUUACGGACUGCAGCCAGGCUGGAUUGUAAGUUUGGCCGAUAAACGCAUCUACAAACCGUUGGACGAAGAGUUAGUGAAACAUUACAAUUCUUGAAAUUCUUGAUUCCACUGAAAUGAACCACUACUAUUAGUUA